AUGGACAUCAUCUUCGCUGGUGGAAAUCUGCCCUUCGAGGACAAUCUCUUCAUCUUUCUCCAUCACAUUGUCGAGAUUCCCGGUCUUUUAUUGAGUCUAUUCGUCAUCUUCAUGAUUCUAUUCUACACACCGAAAUGGCUAAAAUCCUAUUCGCUUCUGAUCGCUAAUGUAACGUUGACCGAUCUGAUCGCUUGUUGUGCCAAUUUGUUCGUUAUGCAACGG